CGAUGUCAUGUCCACCUCACGACUCGAGCGAGUCGGGCGACGUUUAUUCAUUCUCACUGCGUGACCACAAAGACAUCAUGGAAUCAGCCAACUGGCCAUCGUUCACGCAGUACUACGUGGACCUUUCUUGAGCGACUCCACGCAUUCCGUUCCCUGCCGUCACCGGUAUAUCCAUAGCCAGGAUGUUGCCACGACUGUGCACACUCUUUCAGAUACACUAUUCCCACACCAACUCUCGAUAUUUAAAGAACCAAAGGAUACGAUCCGGAUGACACGUGCUCUGAUUUUAUAGGUCUGCCCAAAGACUGAAGUCCUUUGUCUACGGACCAAACUCAUCUCAUCUGGCUCGAAAUGGCGUCUAUCUUUACAUUCGAUCCUGAUCCGCCACGAGUGGAUUCUCCUUGGCUCCGCGGUGUCGGCGGCGAUGGCAAGCCUCAAACCGAGCUCUCUAGUGUGCCAGACAAAGAAGACCCUCGCCACGGCAAGGGUGACAAGUUAGCACGGUCCCUGCGGAACAUCCGCCUGGAAGCUGAGCCGCAGGAGGGCCCUGUGGAGUACAAACUACACUUACUCCUUCGUCCGCGUCGAAGAUUCAUCUAUGCAUCUACAAGCACCAGUGGGAGAAGCUACAGUGUAUACGGCGAGGAACGAAUCGAGCCUUUCGCAGAUCUCGAGCGAUCCAGAGUCGCACCUGGACCUGCAUCCGAGGCUUCAACUCCGCCCCUGGGUUCCACGUAUCAAACCCGCCAACACAGACUGCAGCAAUUGACUACGCAGCUACUGUGGCGGCUUCAGCAGUCAUCACCUCAUCACUCCUCGUCAGCGACCAAUAUCAUUUUGCCUAGUCUGCCGGAGCCUCUGCCCGAAUUAAAUGCACCGGACUUUCCUGCAAGACUCGUGCACGGUCUAGAGGAAAGCAAAGGCGCGCUUUACGAAAUUGGAGUGGCCGACGAUGGAACUCUGGUUGGGUUGACCGAGGACGAAAUGCAGGAAAGCCUGAACAACCUCCGUGCCAUGGCUGCUUGUUUGGGAUGUGCCAUCGAAAUCCUCCGUCGAGAGGUCGUUGGAGAGUGCGAGUGGAUCGAGUCUGUCCACCAUGAAGCUGAGAUCCGAAGAACUCGGCACACCGGAAAUCUGAUCGUCGUGGAAGCUAUGGUCAAGCCGCUGCUGCAGCCCGUCAAUCCGGACGCGCGAAGCGCCAAACCCGAGAACAACGGUUUGCAUCACAAGACCGAGAGCGCAGCUACCCAUGCUUCUACUGAACAGCUACGAGUCACCUUGACCGGACCAACCAUGUCUGGCAAAUCCUCACUACUCGGCACCUUGACAAUGUCAACCCUGGACAAUGGCCGGGGUCAGAGUCGGAUCAGCAUGCUGAAGCAUCGUCACGAGAUCAGUUCAGGUGUUACCAGCUCCGUCACUCAAGAAUUGAUCGGCUAUGCGGAUGAAGAAGACGUGAAUGCCAAGGUGAUCAACUAUGCCGCGGAGAACACGGCCUCGUGGAUUGACAUUCAUGUUGGCGCGAGCAGCAAUAGACUCGUCUUCAUCUCCGACUCUGCGGGCCAUCCGCGGUACAGACGGACGAUCUUGCGCGGACUGGUCGGCUGGGCGCCUCACUGGACACUUCUAUGCGUACCCGUAGACGACACCGAUUUCUCAGUCGGAAGAGAUGGGAAUGGAGACAGCUCUCAGCAACAUCUCGGACUCGGAAAACCUGACCUGGAUCUCUCGCAAGCGCAACUGGACCUUUGUCUGACUUUGAAGCUGCCACUCGUUAUUGUCAUCACCAAGCUUGAUCUAGCCUCAAAGUCCGGCCUGAAGAUUACAUUAUCGAAAAUUCUCGACACUCUCAAAGCCGCGGGAAGGAAACCGGCAAUCUUCCCUCGUCCGGCCGCGAAUGGUUCGGAAGAUGACUUGCAAUCAGUCAGUGGCACCGCCAUCGAUGCAGCCUACGAUGUGGUGCUGCCGCUUUUGAAUGACCCUCUGCAAGCCGUCCCCAUCGUUCUGACUAGCGCCGUCCGAGGCACCGGUAUCGACAGCCUGCAUGCUCUACUGCACGAAUUACCGAUCCCUGCACCGUCUGCUACAUCGUCUCCUGGCUCUGGAUUCCUCUUUCACAUUGAGGACGUCUACACUCGACCCGCCGGCGAGGAAGGUGUCAUAGUCUCGGGACGUAUGCGUCAAGGCAAAAUCGGCGUCAACGACAUCUGUUCCAUAGGACCCUCAUCAAUCCACGAGCAAGCCGCGUACGAAGACAACGACCAUCGACAAGUUCGCAGACCCCAAGCACACCUUCCGACCUCUCGGUCCUUCCCCGGCGCCUAUCGCGACACAAAGCUUCUGCAAACUCACAUCCAGCCGCCAGGCCAAGUCUGGCUUCGCUGUAGAGUCUCGACCAUCCGCAACCUGCGCCUCCCCGUGCCAGAACUCAGCGCAGAUCAAGUCGGCACGCUGGCCAUCGUUCCCAUCGACACGAAUUGGAGCAGCAACGGGCUGAGCGGCAUCCGCAAAGGCAUGGUCGUCAGCUCCAUCCAGCCGCAAGCGACUCGCACUUUCGUCGCGGAGUUCAAGCGGGAAGACUUGACUUCGCUCGCCGUCGGGAAUCACGUGGUAGUCUACAUUGCGAGCGUACGAGCGUCGGCGCGGAUCGUGUCUGCCCGCACGCCGGAUUCACCGAUAGCUACUAUGAGGGGAGAGUCAGACGGCUCGCAGCCUUUCGACUUCGAGGAGCUCCAACAACCCAUUGGAGACGUUGUGGAAGAGGAAACUCAGCGCGAAAGUGCUACUACUAUUGCCGGCGCAGUCACUGCUCCACACCUCCUCGUCACUUUCGCUUUCGAUGCCGCACGCGAAUUCGUGUUGGUCGGAGACCAGGUGCUAGUCAUGCCCGGCGGAGGGCCAGGCCUGUACGGCGGACAGGAAAGAGGCGAGAAAGGCAUCGCGGGACUGGAAGGGUUCGUGGGCCGCAUUGCAGAAACAUAUCCAUAGCAUUUGAGCAAAUCAUAAGCAACACAUCAGAAGCGAUAUUUGUAGCAGCCACGCACCUCGCCAUCACCACACUCUUAACAAUCCUCAUUCGAGGCGGAAGUGCAGUGGGCGGGAAGCGCCACGCCGCCAGCCACAACUCCCUCCACACAACCUCACCUUCUCUCGGCCUUGUGAGGCGGAGCGAAAAGUCGGGAAGCAGAAGAGUUUUCCGUGCUCCUUACGCCCUUGCGGACUUGUCGGAGACGCGGCGGAGUUGGGCAGGUUCGCUUUCCCGCGUGGAUUACUGAGCAGAUCUCAUGGACCUUGAGGAAGUGCUCCACCUUGCCACGCGGGUGUUUACGUUCGCUCGUUGCAGCUUGGGAAU